AUGUAUAAUCUUCAAGAAUCUGCAACUUUCCAUUCCAUCACCAUGGAUAUGAAGGUACUAGUUGAUAUGCUUCUAGUGAAAUUGUACGCUGUUGUUGACAUCGCAAGGUCUUUGAAAAUGCAUUCCCAACUCAAAAAACUAGAGCUCUUUGUUAGAGUCACAGAAUCUGAUGAUCACUUUGAUCAUCAGGUAGCUGAGAUGCUAAAGCCUGCUUUUUACGAAGCUGAACAAGUGAUUGAAGAGUAUGAAAUUUGCUCUUUGCAAAACCAGUUGCUUUCCAAUUCGACAUCAGCAAAGGUGUGUGCUUUUUACUUCUCUAGAUCAAACCCUUUUGCCUAUAGGAUUCGAUUGUGUCUUGUAAUGCGAAAGCUCAUUAAGAUGUUGGAUAAGAUAGGUAGGAACCGAGUGUUUUUUAAGAGAAUGGCAUGUGGUGGCUUUCCUAGUCCUCACAGAGCAAGGGGGCUUACGCAUACACGUGCGCAUGUGCAUGACUCUGGUGUUGUGGGGAGGGACUUUGAUAGAGAUAUUGUCGUUGAAACACUUUUAAAAUCAGGAGAUGAAGCAGCCCUUUUUGUAUUUCCUGUUGUGGGAUUUGGAGGUAUUGGGAAAACUACUCUUGCGAAACUGGUGUAUAAUGAUCCAAGGAUAGUUAGUCAUUUUCAGCUGCGUGUGUGGGUUCGAGUGUCUCGUGUGUUUCAGGUAGAGAAAUUAUUGGAACAAAUUGUGAAUUCAGUUAGAGAAGAUUUGUGUGAGAAUGAUGAUAUGAAUGAACUGCAGACUCUCGUUCGUGAGACUUUGUAUGAAAAGAAGUAUAUGAUUGUUCUAGAUGAUGUGUGGAAUGAGGAUCCAGUGAAGUGGGAUGAAUUGAAUAAGUUGUUGAUGGUGGGUGCUUGUGGAAGCAAGAUUCUUGUAACUACGCGGAAUGAGGCAGUAGCUUCGAUAAUGGGGACGGUUCCUGCAUACUGUUUGAAGGGUUUAUCAAGUGAAGAUUGUCUGACUUUGUUCUCGAGUAAGGCCUUUGAAGAAGGUCAAGAAGUACUAUAUCCAAAUCUUGUUGGGAUUGCAUCAGAUAUAGUGCAGAAGUGUGAGGGAAAUCCCUUACUCUUAAUGCUUUUAGGAUCUUCAUUACACAUGGAAACUAAGGAAUGGGAGUGGCAUGAAGUUAAAAAUCAUGAGAUGUGGAACUCAAAUCAGAAUGACAAUAUUUCACCUGCACUAAUCGUAAGCUAUGAGCGAUUGCCAUCUAAUCUCAAAGUUUGUCUUGCUUACUGCUCAAUAUUACCCAAGGACUGUGUGAUUGAAAUAGAUAAAUUGAUACAAUUGUGGGUAGCAGAAGGUCUCGUGAAUCAGCCUAAUGGAUCCGAAGAUCUUGAACACAUUGGGAUUCAAUAUUUCCAAGAGUUAUUGUCGAGAUCCUUUUUUCAAGAAGUUGAAGAAUAUCGUUCUGUUAUUACCUCACUCUGUAAAUUGCAUGACUUUGUACAUGAUCUUGCACUGUCAGCAGCAGGGGUUGAAUUCUGUACUGUAAAUUCUCACACACACAACAUUUCUGAUGAGGUCAGACAUGUGGCAUUUUCUGACUAUGAUUUGUCAGGCAAGGAACUGCCAGCAUCCCUUCUCAAUAACCAGACAUUGAGGACCAUAUCCUUCUCUGUUGAUGGAGUAGGUCCGAUGAGUACAAUGUUUGUUGAAAACUGCAUAGCAAGAUUCAUGCAACUUAGGGUGCUAGAUAUAAGUGAUUCAUGUUUUGAUGAGCUGCCUCGCUCUGUUGGAGAAUUGAAGUACUUAAGAUAUCUUGACAUAAGCUCCAAUGGCAGCAUUAAAGAAUUACCUGAUUCGAUUAACAAGCUGCUGAGCUUACAAACACUUCGAGUUUCUCAUUGUCCACAACUUGAAGAGCUACCUAAAGAUAUAGGAAAUUUGAUCAGCUUAAGACACUUGCAUAUAACCACCAAGCAAUCAAGUUUUCCUGAUAAAGCAAUUGGCUGCUUAUCAUCUCUUCGUUCUUUGUAUAUUCAUAGCUGCACGAAUCUUAUAUCUUUGUCUGAAGGCCUGCAGUAUCUUACUAGCCUUCGCACAUUGGCAAUUAUCGGUUGCCCAAGACUGACCUUUUUCCCAAGUGCUAUGAAAUACCUUACUGCUUUGGAGAAUCUGUUGAUCGUUGACUGUAAAGAGCUUACAUUGUUGGAGUGGCAAGAUAUCGAAGGACUUAAGAUGAUCCGGUCACUGGUUAUUGGAGGCUUACCCGGAUUGGAGUCAAAAGAUGUUCAAUGCCUCGGGAACCUUAAGAUGUUGGUGCUCGCUGGAUUACCACAAUUAGUUAGCUUGCCCCGAUGGCUUGAAGGCUCCAGUGCUACUCUACAAUACCUGAGGGUCGAACGAUGCCCCAACUUUUCAGCAUUGCCAAAGUGGCUGGAAAAUCUCAUCGCACUUGAAAAACUUGAAAUUUCCAAGUGCCAUAAAGUAUCUUCAUUGCCCGAGGGGAUGAGUUGCCUCACGAAGCUGAAGGUACUUAGGAUCGAUAACUGA